GCCCGCGGCAGCGCCGGGACGGGGCGGCAGCGGGACCCGGGGGCGGGCCGGGCUCCUCGGCUGCCCGCGCUCCUCGGCUGCCCGUGCUGGGCAUUCUCGCUGCUCCGAGCGGCUCGGCUCGGCUCGGCGCUGCGCGUGGAGCGGGGGCUCGGUCCCUCAGCUCUGCCCCCGCCGGCACGGCGGUGCCGGGGAUGCCGAGCGCCGCUGGCCCGGCCGCUGACGGGGCCGGCCGCAGGUCCCGGCCGCUGAGGCGUUGCCAUGGGGACGGAGCGGCCGGGCGGGCCGGGGCUGCCCCGGGGGAGCCCAGACCCUGUCCCGGGCCGUGCCCCAGCCUUCACUGCUGCUCUUUGCAAAAGUGGAUGAAAAUUGUCUAUGCUAGAAAUGUGAAGGAGAGCCCUGCUUAUGAAGAGAGGACGUGUAAUGUCCCGCGGAAGUGGGCAGCCUGUGCCUCUGCAGACACUGCCCAGGAGUGGGCACAGGAGCACCACAGACGGGGAACUUUUGUUGGGUUUCCAGCGGGCUGCCCCGUGUCGCCGCUGGCUCUAGCACGGGCUGGCUUUGUCUAUACCGGAGAAGGUGACAGGGUGGAGUGCUUCAGCUGCCACACGACUGUUGAAGGAUGGGGGCCUGGGGAUUCUGCAGUUGAGAGACACAAACAGCUUGCCCCCAGCUGCACGUUUAUUACUGAAUCUGCUUUUCUGCAAAGUAACAUGGAUCCUGUUGCCCAGAACGACCAGAAUGGAACUGAAAACGGUUCCAGCCACUCAGCCCUCCCGUGUGCUCUGGAUGACCCUGACGUGGAGGCAGAUUACCUUCUGAGAACUAGGCAGGUUGUGGAUAUGUCAGAUAGUUUGUAUCCUAAAAACCCUGCUAUGUGCAGUGAAGAAACGAGAUUGAAGUCUUUUCACAACUGGCCCCUCAGUGGCCAGUUGACACCACAGGAAUUAGCUAAUGCUGGAUUUUAUUAUACAGGUGUUGGUGACCAAGUGGCAUGUUUUUGUUGUGGUGGAAAAUUGAAGAACUGGGAACCCAGUGACAUAGCUUGGUCAGAACACAAGAGGCAUUUUCCCAAAUGCCUUUUUGUUCUGGGCCGGGAUGUUGGAAAUGUUUCAAGUGACUCUGUUCCUGCUGAGCUUGGCAUAAGUGGUCUGAACAAUGCACAGCACCCACGGAAUCCCUCUAUGGCAAAAUAUGGAAAACGUUUACAAACAUUUUUAUCUUGGAUGUAUCCUGUUAACAAGGAGAAACUUGCAGAAGCUGGAUUCUAUAGCACAGGCAGUGGUGAUCAUGUUGUGUGUUUCCACUGUGGUGGAGGAUUGCAAGAGUGGAAGGAAAAUGAAGACCCUUGGGAUCAACAUGCCAAGUGGUUUCCUGGGUGCAGAUUUGUGAGCAAGGAAAAGGGGAUAGAAUUUAUAAAUAAUGUUCACUUAAGAGACGGAUGUAGGGAUCCAACAACAGAAGCUGCUGAAGGGACAAUACUUCCUAAAGAUGAUCUCUUACAGAAUCCUUUGGUACAAAGUGCCAUAGCCAUGGGUUUCAGUUUGUCUGAGAUUAGGAACACCAUGGAAAAGAGAUUGCACAUGACUGGAGAAAGUCACACAUCUGUUGAGGAUCUGGUAGCAGACUUAAGUGCUCAUAAAGAAAAUACAAGGGAAGAAGAACCAAAUGAAAUCCCAGUUGAGCAAGAUGAGCUUAUUCAGUUACAAAACCUCUACCUCAGUACUGAAGAGAAGCUGAGACGUUUGCAGGAGGAAAAGCUCUGUAAGAUCUGCAUGGCUAAGGACGUGUCCGUUGUCUUCAUUCCCUGUGGUCACCUGGUUGCCUGUAAGGAAUGUGCUCAAUUACUUAAUGAAUGCCCUCUGUGUCGUUCAGAUAUUACAAAAAUACAGGAAAUUUAUAUGUAUUAGAGAAACACACAGCACUGUGGAUGCAAAUGUUUCCUGGUUUAUUACUUUAAAAAUGUGUCACAUAAUGUAAAAAAUGCAGUUAAUUCCAGAAUGUAACCAUAUGGCAGGAUUUAGAUUUUUCUGCUAUCAAACUCUACACAUUUUAACACUUUACAAAUUAUUUUCCUUAAGUGAAUUUUUUGUAUGUAAAAAGCAAUAUGUAUGAAAGGCAAAUAUGUAUAUUUUGUAACUUCAAUUCACAGACCUGAUAUGGGAAAGCCCAAGUAAUGUAAACCUUUAUUUAUGUGAUCAUUCCUUUGCUUCACUUCGGCAGGAUUCUGUAUGACUGAAGUUUGUGCAAAUAGAGUUGUAUAAAGAGCCUGUCCCUAUAUAAAAUUUAUAAAUAAGUUAAUUCAAAAUGUAAUUGUAUACAUGUAUAUUAUAUCUGAGAUUUUUAGCUUUUUAAACAUAUUGUGUAGGAUUGAAACUAGUCUCUUUUUUCUGUAACUUUGGUUGUGACAUAAUUCAAACAAUACACAUAAACCUGCUGCUGUAACCUUAUGGUAACUUCUGCUGCUGUGUAGGUUUGUCUGUUGUAAUUUAAUUCCUGUCUCCCUGUCUGUUUUUCUGGUUCGGAUGUAUAAAUUGUCUUAGGCAAACUGGGUUUUGCCAUCUGUUUUUCACGAAGAUUCAUCUUUAUAUAAAAUGUACAUUAAUUGUAUUGAUUAAAAGAGAACUGAAGAGAAA